AUGUCUACCCCCGGUGCCAGAAAGAGAUCUUUCAAGACCUACUCCUACAAAGGUGUGGACUUGGAGAAGAUGUUGGAAAUGCCAACCGAAGAGUUCGUAAAGUUGGCUCCUGCCAGAGUUAGAAGAAGAUUUGCCCGUGGUUUGUCUUCCAAGCCAGCCGGUUUGAUGAAGAAGUUGAGAGCCGCUAAGUUGGCCACUCCAGAAGGCGAAAGACCAUCGGUCGUCAAGACCCACUUGAGAAACAUGAUUGUGGUGCCAGAGAUGAUCGGGUCCGUGGUCGGUGUGUACAACGGUAAGGUGUUCAACCAGGUCGAAAUCAAGCCAGAAAUGGUUGGCCACUACUUGGGAGAAUUUUCCAUCUCGUACACCCCAGUCAGACACGGUAGAGCCGGUGCCACCACCUCGCGUUUCAUUCCAUUGAGAUAA